AUGCCGGACCUCGAGUUUGGCGACAAGGUCAUUCUACCCUCCGCCGUCCUGCGCGACCUGCAGCUCCUCAAGAUCCCGCUUCCCCUCGUGUUUCAAGUCACGUCGACGACCGCGCCAAACGUCCGCCAGUUCUGCAGUGUCCUCGAGUUCAGUGCGCCCGACGGCCAAAUGUUUGCUCCGUACUGGAUGAUGCAGAAUCUCUUGUGUGACGAAGGCGGUCGUCUCCAACUCGAGAGCGCGACCAACAUCCCGCGGGGCGUCUACUGCCGCUUGCAGCCGCACGUCAGCGCCUUCUUGGACUUGGCCGCAACGCUCGGCCCCAAGAUUUUACUCGAAUCCGCGAUGCGCAAGUACUCAGUACUGAGCGUGGGCGAGACGAUCGUGAUUGAAUAUGGCGCCGACAAGUAUUUUGUCGACGUCGUCCACGUCAAACCUGGCGAUGUCAUCCACCUCUUUGGGGACGUGGAUCUCGAAGUCGACUUCAAGGCCCCCGAAAACAUGGAUCCGCGACGACCCAAGUCGGCAACACCCCCGCUUCCAGACACGAGCCCAUGCAGCCAACCAAACAAAGGCACGCCGCGACGAGAGACAGUGGAAGCGACGCUGGGCCCCAGCUCGUCGCUGGGACGCCGCCUCGGUGACGGUGGCUACGUGCAAGUACCCGAUACGCCGCCUGUGGUCGCCGCAACGCCGGCCAAAAAGACGCUGUCGCUUCAAGCAGCGCAGCUGAAAACAAAAUCGGGGGCGGGGCCCAACCCGCUCACGACCAAAUCGGUCAAGGCCUUUGAAACCCAAGGAUAUCAGCUCGAGGCAACGCCGGUCGAGCUCCGGCCCGAGCUACCGGAUGCUGUGGCGCCGACAGUGAGCGCAACAUUGACAACGCCGUACGCCUGCGGCUUUUGCCUGAGCGAGAUGCCCCGCACCAACGCCGAGCUCCACGAACUUCGCUGCAAACAACACGUGGCGUACCACCGGAUUGUCUGCGAUAUCUGCCACGAAAAAGUGCUCAAAGCCAAGCUCGAGGACCACGUACACUGCCCGCAGUGCUUGUUUUGCGGGUCCUCGUCGAGCCUGGACGAGCACCACAAGGCUGUGCACGCUGUGGUACGCUGUGCAUGCGGGGCCGACGUCCCGGUCGAUGCAAUGCCGCAACACAAAGAGACGGCGUGCCCGCACACACUCACUUUGUGCCAUCUCUGCGCCUUGUCGUUUUCGCGCCACAAGUAUGCGCAACACUACGCAUCGUGUUCGAGUCGCACUGAGCAGUGCGAGCGCUGCAAAAAGUACGUCAAUGUGCUCGCGUUCAACCAGCACGAAGCCACGUGCGGUGACGAGCCCCGCGAAGAGAAGGAUCCUAAUGCUGCGCGUCCAUCUGUCCCGACGGCAGCGUCGAUUUCGUGUCCGUACUGCGGGCGUGCUGCGUUUGAUUCGAUGACUGCGCUCGACAAACACACGGAGCAGGCGUGCACCAUCGCUCGAAGCUUCCUCGGCAAUGGUCUCCCGACAAAAGGUUCGCAAGCGCCGCCGAUCCUUCGCGGCAAGUUGCGCCGCAAAACCGACCUCGUCAAGCCCAAGAGGACGCUGCAACAGGCCGGCGAACGCGUCGUGAAGCGCGAGACGGCCGUCAUUACAACCCUCGACGACCUCGAGCCUGUCAAAGGGGCCACCAUCAGCAGCAGGACCUUCAAAAGCUCACGACAGCAGCAGGUCCAAGCUAUCUUGACGGCAUCGCAACAAGCGACGCGCAACCUCGCGGCACGUCAAACAUCAACAACUAAGACGAAUAAGACGACGAAGAAUCGCUUCUCGUAG